AUGUCUUUGACGAAAGAACUCAAUCGUCCUCACCCCGUCGACGACGUUCUCGUAAAAGAACGGGAAAAAAUGAAAAUAUUAAUGACGAAGAACGAUGAAAGAAAAUUAGAGAGACGAUUAUCGUUGACUCAAGUGUUCAACGAAUCAGAUUUUGAAAAUUGGAAAAAAAAUCAAUCCGAAGAACUUGACGCAUUGAAAAAAUGGUAUUCGAAACAACCGCAUUUGCCGGAAAAUGUAACGGAUCAAUUGUUAUUAACUCUUUUGCACAGUUGUUCCAACAGCGUGGAACAAACAAAAUUUAAAAUUGAUUCUUAUUUUACAAUAAGAACUCACGCACCCGAAAUGUUUUCAAACAGAUCGAUUUCGUCGAAAGAAAUGCAAUUGGCUAGAAAAAUAACGAGAAUAUCACCAUUGAGAUAUGCAACUCCAGAAGGUUACAAUGCAAUUUUUGUCGAUUGCAUAGAACCCGAUGCAACAAAUUAUAAUUUUUUAGAAGCCAUGAAAGUUGCCAGUUUAUCAAUCGACGUUUUAGUUCAUUGUUUUCCACAAGAAAAAGGAAACGUACUCGUUUUGGAUAUGAAAAAUUCCGUCGUCGCACACGUUUUAAAAACAAAUUUGGGCGCACUUAAAAAAUCCAUGAUUUACGUUCAAAAAGCUUUGCCGUUUGUUUUGAAACAAAUACACGUCAUCAAUGCAUCACCUUUAAUACAACAAAUUCAAAUGUUAAUAAAACCAUUCGUCGAUGAUAAUUUAAGCAAAACGAUUUUUAUACACAUGAAAGACGAUAUGGAAAAAUUUUAUAAAUUCUUACCGAAAAAAUCUCUGCCGAAAGAUUAUGGUGGCGAAGCUGAAUCGUUACAAGAAUUAAAUGAUAAAUUAUAUCAAUUGAUGACAGCUUACGAACCUUAUCUUAAAAAUAUUGAAUCCCUCGUUGUUGACGAAAGUAAAAGAGAUUCAAAUUCACAAAAUUCCGGUGAUUGUUUCGGUCUCAAUGGUUCGUUUAAAAAAUUAGACAUCGAUUGA